CUCUCCAUUGGGUGCGGUCGCUGCCGUGGUCCAGUCCCCGCUGUGGGAGGUUUCUGAUUGGGGAAGGCUUACGCAGCUCCGCCCCUGGCGGCUUAGAGUAGCCGGAAGCGAGCAUGGCGGCUGCCGGGGCUGCAGCUACUGACAUAGAGGUGGUCCGUGGCAAGCGCGCCGCCCUCUUCUUCGCCGCGGUGGCCAUCGUGCUAGGGCUGCCGCUCUGGUGGAAGACCACGGAGACGUACCGGGCCCCGUUACCUUACUCCCAGAUCAGUGGGCUGAAUGCUUUGCAGCUCCGGCUCAUGGUACCCGUCACUGUCGUAUUUACCCGGGAUUCAGUGCCCCUGGACGACCAAGGAAAGCUGCCCUUCACCGUUGUGCAUGAGAGAGAGAUACCUCUGAAAUACAAAAUGAAAAUCAAAUGCCGUUUCCAGAAGACUUAUCGGAGGGCAUUGGACCAUGAGGAGGAGGCCCUGUCAUUGGGCAGUGUACAAGAGGCAGAAGCCGUGCUAGCUCAGCCCAAGGAGCAGGCGGCGGGCUCUCUGACUCUGUAUGUGAUCUCCGAGCACUCCCCACUCCUUCCCCAGGACAUAAUGAGUUACAUUGGCCCAGAGAGGACAGCAGUUGUGCGGGGAAUAAUGCACCGGGAGGCCUUUAACAUCAUUGGCCACCGCAUAAUCCAAGUAGCCCAGGCCAUGUCUCUGACUGAGGACGUGCUUGCCGCUGCUCUAGCUGACCACCUCCCGGAGGACAAGUGGAGCUCUGAUAAGAGGCGACCUCUCAAGUCCAGCUUGGGCUAUGAGAUCACCUUCAGUUUACUCAACCCAGACCCCAAGUCCCAUGACGUCCGCUGGGACAUUGAGGGAGCCGUCCAGCGCUAUGUGCAGCCCUUCCUGAAUGCCCUCAGUGCUGCUGGCAACUUCUCUGUGGACUCUCAGAUCCUUUACUAUGCAAUGCUGGGGGUAAAUCCCCGCUUUGACCCGCUCUCGUCCAGCUACUACUUGGCCAUGCCCAGCCUUCCCCAUGUUAUCAACCCCGUGGAGUCCCGGCUGGGAUCCAGUGCUGCUUCCCUGUAUCCUGUGCUCAACUUUCUACUCUACGUGCCCGAGCUUGCCCACUCACCCCUGUACAUUCGGGACCGGGAUGGGGCUCCAGUGGCCACCAAUGCCUUCCAUAGUCCCCGCUGGGGUGGCAUUAUGGUGUACAAUGUUGACCCCAAAGCAUAUAAUGGCUCAGAGCGGCCAGUGAGAGUCCAGGUGGACAUGGUACGAGUGAUGGAGGUGUUCCUGGCUCAGCUGCGGCUACUGUUUGGGAUUGCUCAUCCUCAGGUGCCUCCAAAAUGCCUACUUUCAGGACCUAAGAGUGAAGGGCUAAUGACCUGGGAGCUGGACCGGCUGCUUUGGGCUCGGUCAGUGGAGAACCUGGCCACGGCCACUACCACCCUCACCUCUCUGGCCCAGUUGCUGGGCAAGAUCAGCAACAUUGUCAUCAAAGAUGAUGUGGCAUCUGAGGUAUACAGGGCUGUAGCUGCAGUUCAGAAGGCAGCAGAGGAACUGGCCUCUGGGCACCUGUCAUCUGCCUUCACUGCUAGCCAGGAAGCUGUGACAUGCUCUGAGCGUGCCUUUUUUGAUCCCUCACUUCUCCACCUCCUGUAUUUCCCUGAUGACCAGAAGUUUGCCAUCUACAUCCCACUUUUCCUGCCUAUGGCCGUACCCAUCCUGUUAUCAUUGGUCAAGAUCUUCCUGGAAAUGCGCAAGUCCUGGAAAAAGCCUGAGAAGAUAGACUGAGCAAGGCUGCAUCUCAGUAGAAAGUUUUCCUUUCUGCCCAAGGUGGAUUGCUUGGUGUUGAUAAAGGUGUUAGAUUGAGAGACAUGAAUGGAGCCUGCUAGGGAUGACUUAAUUUGUCUCUAGGUACCUCUGUUGGAACUGAACUACAGUACUCUAAAAUGGGUUAUUUCCUUCCCAUCCCAUUCCUGUAACUUGGGUCCCCCACCAUUACUCCCAAGGACCUCAAAAGGUACAUCACCUGGGUCUCCUCCAGCAGCUUGAACCUAAUAGCCCUGCUGUGUUGCUCUCUGGGCCUGGGGUACCUUGUUCUUCUGGCCUGGCUCUUAGCAUAACACAUUAAUGCACUCAGAGGGAGCAUUAGAGGAAAGCCCUGAGUUGGAUUGUAGCCUCUCCCCUCCACCCUCUCUCUGAUCCUGGGGGAAGUUCACCUCUGAGACCUCCCUUACAACCCUUUCUCUGGCUAGCUUUACCUUUUGGGUACAGCCUGAGUCUGGGGCACAGCAGCUCUGGAUCCGAUGCCAUGCAUAUGGUAGAGGUUUCGAGAGGCAGUGUGGUAUAUUAGGGGGAAAUUCUAGACUGGGAACCCAAUAGGCCUGCAUUGAAAUUCUCGCUUCUGCAUUUACUGACUGGGAAGCUUUGGAUAAGCUACUCCAUCUGUCAGCCUGAGUUUUCUUCUGUUCAGUGGCACUGAUGAUGCCUCCUUCAUAAGGUGGUUUGAGGAUUAAAUAAGCUUGUGAAAGUGUACAGUACUGUAUUAAGGAGUUACCUUAAAACAAACAGACAUGUAAUAAAAUUGAAUUGGAAUGGUGUGAA